AUCGGUAUGCCUGCCUACCUCAUUUCCAGUCCAGACAUAGUUGCUGCUCCUCUGUAUAGAAAUAACAGCUGAGGUGUGAUUGUAUGUGUGUGUUUGUUUGUGUGUGUGUGGAUACGUGUUUUAAAUAUCUGUCACAACUGCGCACUGCCUUCAUCCUCUCCGCUCACGGCAGUCUGCUGUGAUCUUACUGCGAAGGACCAGACAGAAGCUGAGACACGAGCAAGCGGACGUUGGAGUGGUGAAGAGAGGCAAGAAACGAGAGGAAAAAGAAGAAGAAACGGAAGAGAGAAGCAGGAGGGCAGGGGGGAAAAAAGAGGUUUAACACUUAAUGUCUCCUUCCCGCAUUUCAUGUACACAGUAAUGUCUUUCUGCUGGAAGCUGUGACUCUGUGGACUAUAGGCAGAUAAAAGAGAGCUUCAGUCUGUGCUCUGUGCAGCUGCAGCAGAUGUUGAAGACAUAGUUGACUUUAUAGGGAGCGGAGACAUUUCAAGCAUAUAUUGGACUGGAAUUCCUUUAAACAAAGUCACAUUUCAUUCAUUCUUUUUUUUGAUUUUUUUUUGUUGUGCCUUCAGCUGGGAAGUUUGCUUCACUGGAAAGACGACACGGAAUACACACGUCUUCUUUUUGUGUGCUGCCUGCACCGACGAUAAACCCUGGGGGCUUCCCCCCUUUCUCGGUCCGUUCCAUCCCUCCUGCAUUUGAAAUGGCAGAUGGCAGCAGGCUCAUCGUGGAACUGCAGCAUGGAGCUUUUUGUUUGGACUGAAACGGUACAGCUACUUCCAGAACCAACCAGCUACCUGUCAAAAUCGUGCGUUCUUUGGAUCAUCGGACCCUUGAAGGGCCCCUGAGACGCGUAUUCCUGCCCACGAUGAUGAAUUCCUCCCUGGAUCCACUGAACCAGAGCUCUCCUGACCCAUCUGCUCCCUUCUGCCUACUUGCGAUAGGCUAUUCCCAAAUGUUCACCACCUGCCUCCUUGAAGUCUCUAUCAUUUGUCUUCUCACUGUUCUCAUUAUUUCUGGUAACCUGGUGGUCAUUGUUGUGUUUCACUGUGCCCCCUUGCUAAGCCAGCACACCACCAGUGCUUUCAUUCAGACUAUGGCAUACGCUGACCUGCUGGUGGGGGUCAGCUGCCUGUUCCCCUCCCUGUCCCUCCUCCAUCACCUCCAAGGUCUCGACCCCAAACUCUCCUGCCAGGUGUUCGGGUACAUGGUGUCUGUUUUGAAAUCGGUGUCAAUGGUGUCGUUGGCGUGUGUGAGUGUAGACCGCUAUAUCGCCAUCACACGACCCCUGACCUAUGCCUCCUCGGUGACACCUUGUCGAGUGCGAUGCUGCAUCGUUCUCAUAUGGUUGUACUCUGCUCUGGUGUUCCUCCCAUCUUUUCUUGGGUGGGGGAAACCUGGUUACCACGGGGAUGUGGUGGAGUGGUGCGCGGUUGAGUGGAGGACUCGUCCGGCGUUCACAGCCUUCAUAGUUGCGCUGCUCUACGCCCCAGCCGCCCUCACAGUUUGCUUCACCUACGUCCAAAUCUUCAAGAUCUGCAGGCAGCACAACCGGGAGAUCAGCGAGCGCCACGCACGGUACCGGCCCCAACAGUUGCAGGGCCCGGGCUUGACCGUGGGAACUGCUGUCAAGGACAGUGCAGUGGAGCGAGGGCCGUUGUCCCAACCACCGUAUCAGCAGCCCACAUCAACAUACCCAGACAAGCGUUACGCUAUGGUACUGUUCCGCAUUACGAGCGUGUUUUACAUCCUCUGGUUGCCCUACAUCCUCUACUUCCUGUUGGAGAGUGGUGGGAUCUACCACCACCCUGCAGCCUCAUUCCUAACGACAUGGCUUGCCAUCAGCAACAGCUUCUGUAACUGUCUCAUCUACAGCCUCUCCAACUCUGCCUUCAGGAAAGGUCUCAAACGCCUCUGCUCCUUCUGCGUACAGCGCAGUGGCAGUGGCUUUGGGGUCCAGAGCACCAAAAAGGCUUUCGUUGGUUCUGUUGAAAAAGGAUGUGGAGGACCGGGGUAUGGAUUCAGUCAUAGGGAAAUGGGAAUUGGCACAACAUGUCAUGUGUAGAGCACACGAAGAAGAAGAAACCCUUCUGCCAAAUGAGCAUUUGAACUUGUUGAAAGAUGCCAGAUGUGAUUGCUGUAAGCUGUGUCCUCUUUCAAGCUUCAAUGUGCGGUCAAGAGGUCGAAGGAGGCGACGAUCUGCCACUGCUGUUUAUGUCACACUUGGAGGUUACACAGGCGUCAUCUCGGCAAACUCCACAGCUGGCAAAGACGGAGGAAAGGAGUCCAGAGAAAAGCACUGAAUGAGGAAAGGCAUAAAUGGCCUUGCAAGGCAUUUUAAAAUGGUCAAGAAAACCCAGCAUACUUCCUUGUCGGAAAGGAAGAAAAAAGUGUCCGAUAACCACCGGAGGAAUGACCUCUUUUGUGGUUGGACAUUUGCGUCUUUACGUUUUCUUUAGUGGGAUGUGAAUCCUUAACUUAUUUUGCCAAAACAACAAAACAUUACAAGGAAAGUGUUCUGAAAAGCUGAACGAUAAACAGUGUGACCUUUGUUGCCAGAUGAUCGGGACAGUUUCAAACUGAACUAAAGUUGUGUUAGUCAUGUGGCGCUGGGGUGAAAUGCCAAAAGCAAGUUCUUCUAAAUAUCUUUUUUUCUUGCUCAGUAUCUGAAUACAGUGAACAGUGCGUUUGUGUGUUGUGUAUUUGUUGUGCCUCUUGUUGUUGACUGAUGGAUUGAGCUUAGUCAGUUAAAAAUGAAUGGAAAGAAAUUGUGGAGGUUUAGACCCAGUCCAUUUAAUGUUGUAGGUUGUUUGCAUUGACUAAACUGAUUAUGCUUCGUCAGCAUCAAGACAUCUAUUCAUCAACUUUUACAUUCAGAUUGUUUUAUUAUUUUUUUCUUUCUGAUUGAUGGUGUGUAUUUAAGUGCUGAUUGGUGUAUAGAAUAUGAGAUGCUGCCAAUCUUGGUUGUACGUCUGUUAACUUAACAAAAAGCACAUUUUCAAAUCUCGUCUGUCUCAUUGCACUUUUUCUUUUGUUGUAUAAACUAAAUGUAUUUGAUAUCUGUCCACGGUAAAGCAAGACCAAGAAAUUGUGUAUUUCUAAACUUAUUUUACACUUGAUUGUUAGUAUAUCAUUGAUAAAAGAAAAAUGCUAAGCUCUUAAAAGAAUGAACUGUGAUCCUGACCCCUUGUCUUUGGGAUUGGCUGAGGGGAAUAGUCUAAUGAGCAGUCUUAAAAUAUCAAUUGUGGAGAUUUCAUAAUUGCAUAUUCUUGUGAAUAAUUACCGGGUUACAAACCUAGGUGUUUUAUAUUUUAUGUAUUCUUUAUUUGGAAGCUCAUUAUCUUCCACAAACAGGUCGCUUGUCUUCCUGGGUUACACAAAAACAUCGUUAACAAUAAAAACAAUUUAAAAUCCAACUGUCAGUAAAACAAGAAAUUACUAAACAAGCCACAUGUCAGGAUCAGGAUAUUAGUGAAACCGCUCUGCUUAUAAAACAAUAAACAAUGGUGGCUUACAAUGGAAAUGCACUGGUCACUAAUAAUACUAAAACGAAAUGGAUUAUAAUCAAAAAGACUCUAAAACAAACCAAAAUAACAUCUACAUGAGUCAUUUGUUUAAGUGACUUUAUCAAAGAAACUCUACUUUUGGUCUGAUGUGGUGGGGAGCAUAUUUCAAAGCAGAAUAAGUUUCAGAACAUUUUGCAUAAACAACAAUGGACUAGACUUUAAUUUAGCUUCCACAUUUAGCCAUGAUAACUGUGUAUGCAACCCACACAUUGGCACAGAAGGAACAAUGAACAACUAAUCUGGCUGCUCUGUUUUGUUUGAUGUUCUUUUUAGAUAUUGCUCAGCUGCUCUUAACCAAAUGUCGGAGCAGUACUCAGUAUUGUGUUGUGACUGCAUUAGUGUGCCUGCAUUCAGGGACUAGUGUGUGUGUGUGUGUGUGUGUGUGUACACACACACACACACACACACACACACACACACUAGUCCACCUGUGUUGGUGUGUGUGUGUGUACACACACACACCAACACAGGUGGAUCAAAAGUAAACAGAGCAGACAAACAGCCCCUCUGGUUAAACUCUAACCUCUAUACAGCACCAAGAAGAAGACUGACCCCUGAGGUUCAGUCGCUUGAGUGUGUAUGUGGGCAUCUUUGUGCAAGCAUGUGUUGUCCACUUGUCCUCAUGAGUAGUGGUGUGGGUUCUUUUCACUCUUAACUUGUUAUUUAAUACAUAUUUAUCAAGAACAAUAAUAAACGUAAAUGAAUCCAAGUAAACAGUGUGAGCCAUUAUCACUAUUUUGAACAAAAUUUGUCAGUUUAUUUAGGUGCAGAUAAUCUAACUUUAUGUAUGUUUGUCUAAUCUACCAAAGAAAGUUAAAUGGACAUUCUUAGAUUAUGAUGUAAAAAAAGAAAAGAUCUAAUAUAAGAUGCUUUUAGCAAAAUGCGAAUGGGUUUCACACAAAGUUGGUGUAGGUGUAUUGGCACAGUGAUGCCCUGUGUCCGUGAAUAUGACUGUUUCUCAGUAUAUAGUGAUUUAUAUAUAUUUGCCUUGAUAUACAAUUGAACAUGAAUUGUUGGGGAAAGUAUUUUCCUUACAUUUCUGGAGGGCUUAAUUCAUAGACCCACGACUGUUUUUAGAGGUAACAGCACAGACUGGAUCUGUACAUCCGCCUUGAUUCCACACAGUACACGGUAACCUGAGCCCCAUUGGUUUGUAAUUAAGAAAUGUCACUGGUAAUUCAGCUACACUUUAAACAAUUCUUAAUUUCCAAUCAUAGUUCCUCUCUUCUGUAAAACACAUGACUCAAAGCUGUUAUUUUUUGCCUUCUAAUUUAUUUGUUUGUGUGUGCAUGAGUGUGUGUGUAUAAGGAUGCAACCAUUCACUGAAUGUGACUGUUAUUGGUGUUCUAGCAAGGUUGCUAACAGAUGUAUAUAUCUAUUGCUUUGUUAGCUGCACAUCACGUCCCUCGAUUAUACUGUAUUUGUGAGUAGGAUGUACAAUGUUAGUAGAGUCACAUGUUGUCUUAUAUAUUGUGGCUGUAGUCUGUGAAGCAUUGCCAAGUAUUGCUCCUGUGUACCUUUAGUUCAGAAAUGACGUUUACAGACAUGGCGUGUACAGCCAUGGCGUAUUGAAUGUCUGCUUGUGUCUACAGACAUUUUGUUUUUGUAAAAUUACUUUUUUUCUGUCCUCUUGUGAAAAGUUGUGAACUCUAAUUCGAUUGAAUUGCAUGCUUACCUAUUGAAAUGAUUCUCUAUGAAGAUGCAUUAUAUUUUACUUGACUGUUUUCUCUACUAGAUAACUUUGAAUGUAACACUCUGGUAGUGGUUGUGUCGAGGUGCACUGUCAUGUUGGGUAGGAUUAGAAAGAACAAGAGAAUAUGGACACGGUGGCCGGUUUUUAAAUCUACCUGGAGGUUAAAUGCAGUCUCCUGCCAUGAGAGAGGGAAGUGAAUAAGAGUGAAAUGCUGCUUUCUAUGAAAAACAUUUCUCUAAAAAUGUUACAAACCUAAAGGCUAUCUGCAGAUAGGGUUUUUUCCGGUAUGACAAUAUCUAAUUUGCAAUGGUUCCUUAGCUACUGGCAUCUGUGUGUUUCCAGAGUCUGUAUAUGAUGCACAUGUCAUUUAAUUUAAUUGUAAGCCCUUUACAAGUUAUCCAACGUCAGAAGGUGGCUGUUGCUUCCUCUUCUGGCAUCGAAUGCGUUUGGCAAACAGCUUUAGUUGCAUCGCCUCUUUCAGAACUGGGUCUACCCAUAUGUGAGUCUGUCUUGAGAACAAGCAUAGUCCUUAUGUAGCAUACUGUAUAUGAGGAUCAAUGUCAAUAUUAACUUUUUUGAAACUAUCUGGAUUUUAUUUAGAUACAAAAACACGUGACCAUGAUGAGUGUGAUCGAGGCCUUAUUUAAAAUAAUCCAUCAAAUUAAUUUUGAGUAGAAUAUUUUUAUCCUGAACAUAUUGUUAUCUGUUCAGAAAAAACCCAAAUACAAAAGUAUUUUUACGCCAACUGAAUAUUGGUUGGCUAUUGGCUCAACAAUGAAUGCUGGAAAUUGCUCAGUCAACAAUGGGGCAUCUGCAAAUGUCAGAUUGAGAAAAUGAAGCCACUGUGUACAUAUAUAUGUCACUGCAUAGAUCAGGACACACUGUCCAAUUUCAUACAUCGGGGGUGUGGAAUUUGUGAUGAGGUUUUUGAAAGAUGUAUGCUUUUAUAGUUGGAGAAUGUAUGGGAAACGCAAAAGGCCAAACAUGUUUGAUAUUGCUGUCAUAAAAGUGAGUCUCUGAAUUCUAGAAGCCUAUAUGGUAUUCAAACAUGUACAUGUUGUGUAUCUGUACUGCGCAAAUAAAUGUAAUGUUAUCUCAAUGUA